GAGACAUAGAGAGAGAGCUCUGAACCAGGAUUUUAUUCACGGCGUCAGAGUUAACGUACGCGCGCGAGCGCCCCACCGGGGAAAGGAGGGGGGAGGGCAGGUCGAGGGUAAUCGCGAGCUCGGCUGCUCGGCUGUCACACGGCUCUGAGCUCCUUCUUCAUGUCGAUAUCGUGGGGGGAAGCGAUAAAGAGAGCGCGCGCCGGUCAUCUCUUCUGUCGGGAGGAAUAAAAACUACGGCUUAACGCGUGUAUUAACCGUCUGGCUUCGGGAAUGACGCCACCCUAAACGUCGACGCUUUCAUGGGUCUGCGUGGAGAAAACGGAGCGAGCGGUGACGGAAAAAUCCAGAAAUAAUGCGUGUUUAAACGCCAGCUGAGGCUUGACAUCACCCCGUUCUUCAUUCUCGUCGAGUUUAUUCCAAGGGUUGCUCCCCAGAAUUCUCUCUGAAACAUGAAAUAAAUUGUAUGAGCUUUUAUGCUCACGAUACCUGAAGGAGGCUGAAAUAAAUAGAAGGAGAUGGAGCACCCGUACAAGGACUCGCAUGUAGUAGACAUGGCAAAUCCUCAGGAAGUCUGCAACAGCACAGUGGGUGGAGUGGACAGCAUUGGCAAACUUGAGAAUGAGACCAGUCCAGUAAUCCCCAAUGAGACAUGGAAUGUCAGCUCUCCUACAAUCUCGAAGAGGUCUGUCUCACCUCUGUUGACAAUGCAGGCAGCUCCUGUUGUUGCCCCCAAUACAGAAUCUCCUGGAGGGGUUGCUCUUAAAGUGGCAACCACAGUUCUUCAGCCCAUCUGCUUGGGUGAGAGUCCAGUUAUGCUACCUAUCCUAGCAGGCACAGCAGCUGCACAAGUUGGACAGGCUGGCACUACUCCAUACCUGAUGACUAGCCAAGGUCCCCUUUCCUUACCCCUGGUUUUAGAGCAGCAGGUGCUGCAGCACCUGAACCCACAGCUCCUCCAGCAGGCUGCUACUUGCCCAGCGCUCUCGCUACAGAACAGUAUGCUGUGCCAGAACCCUUCAGUUGCUCUUGGGCCUCCACCUUCUUUGGACCAGAAAGUUGUUGGUCAAGUUCUAGAUGCAAGUCUGCUUACCCUUCUCCAGAACCCAAAUGUUGCUGCCAUCUUGCAGGAUCUUUUUCCUGGCCAAGUUAAUACCUCUCCUUCUUGUCAUCCAGCGACCUCCCCGCAGGCAGACCCUUUCUCGUCUGCUUUUCUCCCCCCUCCUCCACUUACACACCCAUAUAACUCUCCACUUUCCCCACUAGUGCCUCCAGCCACUUUGCUAGUCCCUUAUCCAGUUGUUAUUCCCCUGCCGGUUCCACUUCCAAUCCCAAUUCCCAUUCCAGUCCCAGUCUCAACUUGUAAGGAAACCAAGGUUGACAAGGUGGAACCCUCUAAACCUGCAUGCACUUCAAGUAAGAGCACUCAGACUUCCACUCAAGAUUUCUGCCCUCCUGUGAUGAUGCUUACCAAGGACAUGGCAGUCCAACAACCACCUUUUCAGUCUAGUUCAUUCCCCGUGGUGACAGAUGGGGAGGUGCUAGACUUGUCCGUCAAGGCCCAUCAACCUCAAUUGCUGCAUAUUGGCAGUUCACAGGAGAUCCAGACUUUGCAGCAAGACAGUGUACUUGAUCUAUCUGUUACCAGUGAUAGGAAGACGUGCAUUCAGUCCUGCAGUGUCUACGGACCACCACCACCAUCUGGCCGACGAGAGAGAGCCUGCAUGUCUGGAGAGGAGGUCUGUAAUGGAGCUUUGGCUCUGGGGGUCUUGCGACCAGUAGACUGCACUCCCAAGCUGGACUCCAAACUCCUCAGUGGUUUAGCAUCACUGGAAUUUAGUCGGCAGCACAAGUGGGUGGUGGACAGUGGCAGCAGUGGUUCAGUCACCAGUUCAGUACAUGAUGCUACUCUUGGAAGUAGUGGCAACAUUGAAAUAGUUAGCACUUCACAGACAGCCAAGGUGAUUGUAUCUGUGAAGGACGCCAUGCCUGCGAUCUUUUGUGGUAAACUCAAAGGCCUGUCAGGUGUCUCCACAAAGAAUUUCUCUAUCAAGUGUGACGCCAGUCAAGGGAGUUAUGCUGCCCUGCCUAGAUCCCAGGGAGAGCAGCGGGGAGACCAAUGUGACGCAUUUAAAAAAAUCCCCAAAAAUCGAGGGAUUAAAUUGAAGAAGGUCAGUUCCCAGGAGAUCCACAUUCUACCAUUAAAGAAGCAGCGUCUGGCUGCCUUUCUGCCUAGGAAAUAGCAAAGACUUUGGUGUUGAUGGUCUGAGCUUGUGGGAUGGCCUGUGGAAUAGAGACAUAAUGAAUGAAAUACUGUUCCUACAAAAGCUUAAAGGCUGGAAGGAGUACAUAGAGAUAGAGAAACCGGGAGAGAGGGAGAGCAAGGAAGGAAUUAGGGUUUGUUGAUGCUACAGGCAUUUCUGGCAGAACAAGACUUAGACACUCUAAACUGACCAGGAAUAUUUAGGGCAAUGCUGGUCUUCUCUUGUUGGCCUGGUCAGCAUUUGAUCCAUUCAUUAUAAAGUGAUCAGAGAGAUUGUUAAAUUGGCUGAGGCCACAAGAAAUAAAGUAUACAAGGAGCUGAAAAUGAUAGACUGCAACACUACUGAACAAAUCACUCGACAAAAAAAUGCUCCCAAAACCGCUCCUCUGCUAUGCAUUUUGAUUUCGGUCACACAUCCUCAUGAAUUAUUCAUGCCUUCUCUAAUCUAAAUAUCCAUUAAUAUGCAUAAGCUCGGUUCAGAGAUUGUGCCAGCUGCCAAAAUGAAAUCAGUCCUGUGUUUGUCCUGCCGAAUUCAUCUUUGUGUCUGUCUGUUUGUUCUCGUGCAGGACUCUUCCCCGGGUUUCGUUUCUAAAAUGAACUUUGUGCGAACAGAUUUUAUUCACCCGGGGUAGUGUGUGACCUCUGUGCUUUGCCCCGUUAACCGGUAAUGGUUGUAUUAAUCAGUGAAUCAGUUAAGCGGAACAUCCGCCUUCAACGGGGGGUUGGGCUAGCGGUUAGCACAGCGGGCUAAUAACGACUUGCCAAAGCAAAAGGUCUCUAUUUCAUUAACUUUGAUGAUCGGCAGAAACGGUUGUCAGUGGCAACAAAGCACAGUUUUCCUCAUUGGUUUCUGGGGGGAGGGUGAGCAGUAAUGGAAAAAUACACACUGCCCACCCAUCUCAAUUAGAACAAAAUAAUCACUGGGGGCUUGCAUAUAACACAGUAAAUGCAAUUUAAGGGGGUUAUUAAUGAUCUUUGUGUGAGGUUUUUUUUCUGUUUCUAGAGAUUUUAUGAGCCCUCUGAACUGCAGUUCAUGAUUUCAGGCUAUUUCAGGCUGUUAUUAUCUACUAGUGUUUGUUAUUGCAACAUGUCUGCUUCUAACAUUGGGUGAGGUGCUUAUUACUGCACCACUGGCUUUUAGUUUUGUUAUACUAAACCCCUAAGAAAAUGACAACUGAUAAAUCAAGUUGUUUGUGUUUCAUAUUGCGUUUUUCCCAUUCCCUGCACAAGCUUUUUACAUCCAGCAUUGUUACUGUGUGUGUUUGUGUGUGUGCUUGUGUAACAAAUUUCAGCUACUCUCCCACAGUUCAGUGACUGAAAGAAGACAAUUUAUUUCGAUAUUUUGUCCCCUCUCAGGUCCUAAUUCUUUUAUCGUCAGUUGAGCGCUUGCACUUUUUUCCCCAUUUCAUUUUUUUUUUUUUUUUGUUAUUUUGAUCCCGUUAUUAGUAACAUUCCUUUUUUUAGUCCAACUAAUUUUACUUUACCGAAAUAACUUGCAACUACAUGAAACUAGUGCUCCAAAUUUCUGUAUUAGAAUUUGUUUUAACACAGAAUAAAAACCCCCAGAGGUAUAAAUGUCAGGACCGUCAGCAUUGUGUGUAAAUUCAACAUCACUCCGGUUGACUGGUCUAAACAGCCUCAACAGGUAGAUUAACCAGACAGCGCCACAUGGUCGUGGUAACAAAUGUGUUUUUUCUGGCUUUUUAAAAAAACAAAACAAAAAACUGUAUUUGUAUCUGUUUUGUUUAAAAUUAUGUAUUUUUAUUUUGGUUUCAUCUCUAAUUUACAUAAGUGCAGUUCUACAGUUGUCCCCAGUUUUAGGGGAUUUUUUUUGGAUGACGAUGAUGAUGUUGAGGGCUUUGCUGUGCUGAAAUUGACUGUAUUUAAUUCCCCAUAGUGGCUACGUUCACCCUUAUGUGUGUUUGUCCCAGUGCACAUUUUAGUGUUUUCUGCUACCAUUAACCUUUCAAAGGGCUUCAUUAGGAGUUGAUGUGUUGAGUCAGGUGAGUGAAGUGUGUCGAAGGAAACGUUUGAGACGUUACUGAUGUUCAAACAUGUCUGAAGGCAUGAAAGAUAUCAGAAUGAAGCAGUCACAAAGGAGUUGAAGGAAAACUCACCCCCCUGUGCCGGCCGACCCCCACCCUUUAAACUCACUCAACAGGAUCAAUAAAGCGUCUUGGCUUUUCAUUUCUACGAGCUUAAAAGGAUUAGCAGAUCUUCACAUUUGUUCUGCACUGCUCAGAUUCGCACAGAACACCAAUUUGGUCGAAACCACAGAAACGCCCAAAGAGCUGAAAAGCUACUAACUAGACGGAACUUCAAAAAGCUGACUGCCCAGCUCAGCAAACCCAUUUUCUCAAAAUUCAGUUCAACAAUCUGUAAUUCAAUAUCGUAAAUGAACAAGGCUCUUUCUAAAGAGUUGUACGUUAGGUUCUUGAAUGCAGAAAGUGGUAAUUAUGCCUGCUAAUUUUUUUUUUAUUCCUGUACAGCGAAGGGAGGAUGGCCGGACCUUCGGCUCGUUCAGAGCGUUUUUAUUCGUGAAGCGGCUCAGAUCCGAAUCUCUCAUCCACCCGUUCAGGUCUUUAUGAUAAUCUUGAUCCGAAUAUUCUCUGCUCUGCAAUGAGGAUUGAUUGAUUUUUAUUUAAAAAUGAAUCCUAGCACAAAAAUAGCUGAAAUUGCCACCAGAGGCAUUAAACAAUUAUUUAACAACUAUUUGUUCCCUUGUAUUUGAUUCCUUGAUAAGACACAGUGAUUCUUCUAUAAUGUAUCAUAUAAAAUACUCAUUUCUGUUUUGUAUCUAAAUUCAAACCAAAACUCUGUCAAAACUCAAGUAGCUGUAGAUCUAUAACGUGUUAACAAUCUGCACCUACGUUGUUAAUUUCAGGGGGGAAACACGCAACCCUUGCACAAAUACUGAAUCCUUUGUAUGUGUGUGUGUGUCUGGGAAACCCCAACUUGAUGAUGUGAACUAAUUCACCAACUCGUCCUUACUAUUCUAAAAGACUGUACAUGACACUUUGUAGGAGUUUAUUAAAGUAUUCUGUGGGCGAAUUUCUUUUUUAAAUGUUUUGUAAAUAACUGAGCAAUGUGUUAAGGACUAAAUGAAAAGAAAAUAAAAAAAAGAAGAUGGCCAUG